AUGUUUGGAAAUUUACAAAGACAACUACAUGGGAAGGAAGUUGCAGUGAAAAGACUGUCUAGCAGCUCAUCACAAGGCUACGAAGAAUUUAGGAAUGAAAUAAUAUUGAUCUCCAAACUGCAACAUAGAAAUCUUGUUAAGCUCAUUGGUUGUUGCAUUGAAAAUGAAGAGAAGUUAUUAAUAUACGAGUUCAUGCUCAACAAGAGCCUAGAUACUUUUAUUUUCGAUGAUAGAAGAAGGGAAGAGCUUGAUUGGGCCAUACGGUUCAACAUUAUUGAUGGCAUUGCGAGAGGUCUUGUGUAUCUCCAUCGCGAUUCCAGUUCAAGGGUGAUACAUCGAGAUUUGAAGGCCAGUAAUAUUCUAUUGGAUGAGAAGAUGACUCCAAAAAUUUCUGAUUUUGGAUUAGCAAGGAUUUUUGAAGGCACUUUAGAUCUAGCAAAUACUCAUAGGGUGGUAGGAACAAUCGGCUAUAUGUCUCCAGAGUAUGCAUUCAGAGGAAUCUUUUCCGAAAAAUCUGAUGUGUUUAGCUAUGGCGUGUUACUACUAGAGAUAAUAAGCGGGAAAAAGAAUACUAGCUUCAAGGAUGAGGAUCAAUACCAAGGCCUUAUUGCAUAUUCAUGGCAGCUAUGGAGUGAAGGCAGAGGAAUAGAGUUGGUGGAUGAAGCAUUAGGUGAGUCAUAUAAUGAAUCAGAGGCAUUGAAAUGCAUACACAUUGGGCUUCUGUGCGUUCAAGACUUUGCCACAGAUAGACCUUCCAUGGCUCAAGUGGCUUCCAUGUUAAGUAACCAAAUAUUUCAUCAACCUCAACCCAAACAACCUGUCUUUACUUUUCAAGCCAGCAGUGGUAGUUGUGAUCCUUCCACACAAAGUGGUAAUAGAUGCUCUGUCAAUGAGGUCACCCUAUCAAUGGUUGAACCACGAUAAAAAAAGAAAAACUUCAACUGUAAAUUAUGUUAAAUGUAUAUUGGGCUACACCUACGGUAUUCAAUAUUUUCUUUUAAAUUUAAUGAACUCCAUUUUGUUAAAACUUGAAAGGAAAUUACUCUAAUGAUUGCAACAAAACCAAAUGUUCUUUUUGUAGAGUCAGAUUUGUACAGUUACAACAAUACUCAACUCAAGCACAUUAUGUUACUAGA